CCAUAAUCGUGUAGUUUAGUCUUUGCCGGGAUUUGUUCGGUAAAGUGUCGUCUUUUUAUAAACAAUUGCUAUAACUAUAGUCUGUCAACAGUUCAACGUUUUAAUUGCGAAUUUAUAUUAUUGUUUCGUGUUUUUUCAAUUGCAAUAUAAAAACGUGUGUCAGUUGACUGCCUUUCACGGAUGUGUUCAUUUAUUUUGAAGCAGAAGGAAAAAUUUACCUGCAGGGAUCACAAUUUUUGGAAUUCAGAUAAGUUUGGAUCUACAUCGAUUGGAUUUUCUGAUUUGACUGUUGGCAGUCAGUCAGAAAUUUAAUAACUUCCUACUACGUUAACGAGAAAGAGAGAGAGGAAGAUUUUGCAAUUUUAAUGGCUUCUUGAAAAUCAAGAAAUCCAUAAUGAGAAGAAUACGGUGACAUUACGGAAAAAAAUAUAUCAUUGAGGACGUCAAUCAUAUUUAUCAAUAAAAAAUAUCAUUCAGAAACUAUUCAUAUCACAGAUAAUUUAAUUAUAUAAAAAGAAAAAAAAUUCUAAGGAAUGAAAAAAAAAAUUGCCAAAAAAAAAAAUCACUGUGAUAAUAAUUAAUUAAAAAGUGUCAAAAAAGAAGUAACAGGCUCAAUUGUGUGCAGAAAUCGAUUAACUACAUAUCUGUGUAUAUAUAUAUAUAUAUCUAUAUAUAUAUAUAUUGUAGAGAGAAAUCCUUGAGAAUGUUUUACGAGUGCUCAAUUCGAAGUCGGCUUUUAUCGCAGGAUCGAUGGAAUGCUAUCGGAGAUCCUUCGAGUGCUAAAGAUCUCUCUUAACGAAUCGAAGAUCACUAUCAAAUGAUUCGGCCUACCAGAAAGUUUGCCAGUGAAAAUGAUUUCAAUUGAAUAGAAAUCUCUCUGUGCGGUUUAAUUAGCAUUCUGAAGUUGAAACUUUGCGAGGAAAAGACUAUUACUACUAACGAGAUAAGAGUGGCUGCUGAGUAAACAAGAGGAAAGAGAGAGAGAGAGAGAAAAAAAGAAGGUCAAAAGAUGCUGCUAAGAUAGCGGAAGGUUAAGAAAGAGAGAAAAAAAAGGUGAAAAUCGAAAAAAGAGAGUAAUUUAACAGUAAAAAAUAAAAAUAGAAAAAAAAGAAAAUGGUUUUUCCACGACGAAGAUCGCUGUGGUUGAAAAUUGCAGUGUUGGGCGGCGCAAUAUGGAUCACAGUUUGUUUUCUUCUUUACACUGAGGAUCGUACAGCGGUUGCUGUUCAAGAUCUUGGACCUUCAGCACUUGGUGUACCACAAGUUGCCAAUGGCUUUGUUCCACCGGCACAAUCUCUCAGAAGAGAAACACCUGGCAAUGGACAGAGUAAACCAAAAAUCAACCAAGGUGUUCCCGAGCAAGGUGGCGGAGUUCUUUUAGCUCCAAGAGAUAUAGAUCCUGCAGCACCUGGUGAGAAUGGAAGACCAGUGGUUUUACCAACAAAUCUUACUGUUGAGAUAAAAAAAUUAGUGGACGAUGGAUGGUUAAAUAACGCCUUUAAUCAAUAUGUCAGUGAUCUCAUCUCAGUUCACAGGACACUGCCAGAUCCUCGGGAUCCAUGGUGCAAGGAACCCGGUAGAUAUCGAAAAGAGCUUCCAUCAACAGCUGUUGUUAUAUGUUUCCACAAUGAAGCUUGGUCAGUUUUGCUGAGAACUGUGCACUCUGUUCUUGAUCGAUCACCCGAUCAUCUUAUUAAGGAAAUAAUUUUAGUUGACGAUUUUUCAGAUAUGCCACAUCUAAAGAGACAACUUGAAGAUUACAUGAUGAAUUAUCCAAAAGUGAAAAUAGUUAGAGCUGAGAAGCGUGAGGGUUUAAUUAGAGCUCGACUAUUGGGAGCUAAAAAGGCAAAUGCAUCAGUUUUGACGUACUUGGAUAGUCACUGUGAAUGUACAGAAGGUUGGUUGGAACCGCUUUUGGACAGAAUUGCACGUGAUCCUACAACUGUGGUUUGUCCAGUUAUUGACGUUAUUGAUGAUACCACUUUGGAGUACCACUGGAGAGAUUCCGGUGGUGUUAAUGUUGGUGGAUUUGAUUGGAAUCUUCAGUUUAACUGGCACGCAAUACCAGAACGUGAGAAAAAGAGGCAUAAAAAUUCAGCGGAACCUGUUUGGUCACCGACAAUGGCAGGUGGCUUAUUUGCAAUAGAUAAGAAAUUUUUUGAAAGACUAGGCACAUACGAUAGUGGAUUUGAUAUUUGGGGUGGUGAAAAUUUAGAAUUAUCAUUCAAAACCUGGAUGUGUGGAGGUACUCUAGAGAUCUUGCCUUGCUCGCACGUAGGUCACAUCUUCAGAAAGCGUUCACCGUACAAGUGGCGUAGUGGCGUGAACGUGCUCAAGAGGAACAGUAUAAGACUGAGUGAAGUGUGGCUGGACGAGUAUGCCAAAUACUACUAUCAGAGGAUAGGUCACGACAAAGGCAAUUACGGUGACGUCUCGGAACGAAAAAAUUUAAGAAAAAAACUGGGCUGUAAGCCUUUUAAAUGGUAUUUGGACAAUGUCUAUCCAGAAUUGUUCAUUCCAGGAGAAGCAGUAGCAUCGGGCGAGAUUCGCAAUUUGGGUGAAGGAGGAAAGACGUGUUUGGAUUCGCCGGCUCGUAAGGCCGAUUUGCACAAACCGGCUGGACUGUAUCCCUGCCAUCGACAGGGCGGCAACCAGUAUUGGAUGUUGAGUAAAACUGGUGAAAUUCGAAGGGACGAAUCGUGUUUGGAUUACAGUGGAACUGAUGUGAUUUUGUAUCCUUGUCAUGGAAGUAAAGGCAAUCAGCAAUGGAUUUAUAAUCAACAGACCAAGCAAAUUAAACAUGGAAGUAGUGACAAAUGUCUGGCAAUUACGGAAAGUAAACAGCGGCUAUUAAUGGAAGAAUGUUCACCAUCUUCGGCGAGGCAGAGGUGGUCAUUUGAAAAUUACGAUCCAUUAAAAUUGUGAUAUCGAGUAUUUUCUCGUCACAAAUCAAGAUCUGGUCAUGGUUCAGAAUCUGCUGGAUUUUGGAUAUCUGGACAUCGUUAUUCAGUCGCUAGGACACGUUUUGGCAGAUAGAUUUUGCAGCUACCAAAAUUUGUUUAGAAAUUUUGCUUAUAGACGACAUGAAACAAACUCUAGUUUAGAUUAUAGGGAAACUUAUUAUGAGAAGGAAAAUUAGACGGAUAUUUAUAUAAUGUAGAGAGUGAUAUUAAUAGUUAAUGUCGUCUAAAGCCUUGUUUCUCAAUGUUUUCUUUAUUUUUUUUUUAUUUUAUUAAGACAAUGAUUAAUAAUUUGAAAAUAUAGUGGAGAAAUUGGACAAAAAAAAAACAUUCUUCCGUAGAUCUAUCAAGUAUCGAAUACUUUUUUGAAUAGAUCGUUAUAUUUCAAAGAAUCUCGUUUCUUUCAUAAUUUUCUAUUGCAGUCUUUUUUCCUUCAAUAUUUCUUUUUCUCACGUUAAAUGUUCAAAGAGGUCAUUUGAAGGAUAGAGACUGAUAUAUUUAUAAAUAUAUACAUAGAAAAGUAAAAAAAAAAAAAAGAAAAAAAAAAUUGUACAUUAUAAUACUGACUGUAAAAUUAAAUUGAGAGUAAUUAACUGAUUGUUGUUAUGACGUAUGCUGAUGAUUUGUUUAGAACUUUAUUUCGUGGAUUUGAAAACUAGUUCUAAUUUUAGAAAAGGACUUCCAAAUGAAAAAAAAAGUGCAUGUCAGCCAGUGCCAUGCAAAAUAUAUAUUGUUUUUUUUUAUUAAAUUAUAAAUUAUUUUAAAUUUCUAUUUUUCAAAUAUGGAUUUUAAAUCCUGCUUUAAGUUUCUAUUUUUUUAUAAAUAUCUCAUUUUAUUGUUUUAUAUAAUAGAACUUUAACAUUCCAAAAUGAAGCAUUUUAUUGUUAUGAAAAAAUUUUGCUUCCAAUUAUCAUAAAAAUACGUCAUUUCUUUUUUUUAUUCAAAUUUAUAAAAGUAUAUAUAUAUAUAUUAUAUGAUGCCAGACUUUGUACAUUCAUGUAAAAUAUAAAUUAUGCCAGUUCAUGUAAAUGUUGCUAAUCAAUUUAAGAUAGGUGACAAAAAUAAAAUAGUAAAGUGUAAAUCUACGAGAGGAACAAAAUUAAUUACAUUUUUACUGAAUUAGAAUUCAGUUAAAAUAUACAUAUGUGUGAAAAAAAAAAUCUAAAAAAAAAAUUUAUAAAUGCUGUUGUUGUGAUAUUAACUACAUAAUCAAAUUAGAUAGUAUUUGCUUUUGUCUAAUUUAAUUAAAAAUGUUGCGAACCAACUUUUUGUUAGUUCUUCAAGUUCUUUGAAAUACUUUUUAAAAGUUAGAAAACAUUUGGUACACUUUUACUAACUGUCAAGCUGUCUCGUAUUUCUUCCUUAAAAUAAAACUUUCGUCAUUAUCUUACUUUUUUCUUCACGUUAUAUAUUUUACCAUUGAGUAUUUUAUUUUUAAUUUCGAAAUAAUUUGAAAAUUUAUACAAAUUUUAUUCGUUAUGAAAAUAAUUUAAUUUCAAUUAUAAAUUAAUGAUAAUUAUUUACAGUAACAGCAUUUAAAAUAAAUUGUAAGUUUUAAAAUAAAAAAAAAAUAUAUAUAAAGAGUAAAUGCAUAUUAGAUAUUUAUGGGUUUUUUUUUCAAGAAUUUCACAUAAUUUUUUUCUUCUCUUUCAUUAUUAGGAUAAUUCGCUUAAAAACGUUUUCAUAUGCUGCCAAAUCAAAUAUAUAGUUAAUGAUUGGAUUUGUAUGAAACGUCAAUGUAUUAUUUUACGAAGUGAAUGGCGUAAAGUUUAAUUUAUUAAAAAAUAUCUUCCAGAAACAAAUUUUCAUUGAUUUCUUUUUCAGAUUCAAAAAAAUAAAUUAUACUUUCAAAAAUACGUACGUGAUAGUUUAAAAAAAAAAAUCAAAAUUACAAGUAAAUGAAAUGAAAGUGUCAUUUUUGUAGAUAUAUUAUUUCGUUAGAAUAUAUAUUAAAAGAAAAUUCGUUUCUUGGCGAUUGUGAAAAAUAGCUCAAAGUAUGAAACUAAAUAUCUAAGUAUUAUAUGAAUAAAAAAAAAAAAAGUAUGUUAUAAACUUGUGAAAUGAAGAUAAAGUGAUAUUAUGGAAUUACUCUAAUAGAUGGAUUUGUAUUAUUAAAUAUUGUUUUUAAAGAGAAAAAAAAUAUGUUUUGCAAAUUUUUUCUUUUUUAUUAAUAAAAUAAGAAAAAAGAGUGUUCAAAAUAUCCCUUUUUUCUCGUUUCAAAAAAAAAACUUAUUCGAUUCUUGAAAUUGUUUUCAAUUUUUUAUUUAUUUCUCGUUCAAUUGUAAGAUAUAAAUAUACAUGUAUACAUGUAAUGACUGCAACCAAUUUUUGAAUACGUGCCAGUUUAACACGUUCUGCGUAUGUAAGUAAUUAUCAAUCAAUAAUAUAUAUGCAGAACAUGUGAAUAUAAAUAUAUAUAUAUAUAUCAUAUAUAAUAAAUCUCUAUUUAAAACGAUUUAUAUUAGCGUGAAUGAAAACGAAACAAAUGUUGUUUUUUUUUAAAUAGAUGCGUUUUAAUAAUAGUGUAAAUUCAAAUUGUUAAUUUAAAUAACAUCGUUGACUAUUUAAAAUUGUGAAAAGUAAAUCUGAAUUCAACUUAUUUGUAAUCAAUUGAUUUGCUAAUUGAAUAAUUUGUUGCAAUUUGAUAUUUUUUUGAGCUACAAAUAAGUAAUAUAAGGGGAAAUAAUGGAGAGAGAGAUUUAUAAUUAUACUCAGACGUAUUAUUUCAUAUAGGUGUAUGCGUAUAAUGACAAAAAAAAAAAAAAAAAAAGAAAAAAAAACAUUUUCUACAUUUUGGUAAAAAUGUAACCCUAUGAAGGCGCGUAGCAUAUCUUUAAGAGAAAGUGACAUAUGACAGCGCAACGAGAAUAGCGUCGCGUUUUGAUUAUUAAUUGUAAUAUCAAAUGUGCCUUAUUUUAUGUACAUAUAUACAUACAUAAGUAUAAUUAUCAUUAUUAUUAUUAUUACUACUAUUAUUAUUAUUAUUAUUAUAUUAUUAUUAUAAUUACUACAAACUUCUAUGAUAACAUGCAAGCAUUUGUGUUUAAUAAAAUCGAUGUUGUUUUA